GUGGGGUGGAGAGUUGGGGUGCAGGGACAAAGGGCGGGCGCCGCGCCUGCGCAGAGGCGCGGUGCCAACAGGGAGGAGUUGCCAUGGCGGCGCUGGGCGAGGUGGCGGCGGCGCUGGAGUCCUACAGGGGCCGGGACCGGCUGAUCCGGACGUUGGGAUACUGCUGCCAGCUGGUCGGCGGUGUCCUGGUGGAAUGCUGUCCCGCCGAGUCGCAGGCGGGGACGCGCCUGCUGGCCGUGUCUGCACAGCUCAGCCACUGCAGGACCGUCCUGCGGCUGUUUGAUGACCUGGCCAUGUUCACCUACACUAAGCAGUACGGCUUGGGGGCAGAGGAGGAAGACGGCUUGAUCCGUUGGGCAUCCGUCCUGGGCAACAUAGCUGACCAGCUGUACUACCCCUGCGAGCACCUGGCCUGGGCUGCCGAUGCCAAGGUCCUGCACGUGGACUCGGCCCGCUGGUGGGCUCUCAGCACCGCCCUCUGGGGCAUCUCCCUUCUCUUGGGUAUCGCCAGGGCCCUGCGGAUGGUGCAGAAAUUGAGACGCAAGCUUCAGACCCCCAUGGCCUUCACCAGCCGGCUGCCCCGGAGCAAGCGGCGGGCCCUCGAGGCGCAGGUGUGGUCCGAGACGCUCACGGUCCUCAGCAACUUGGCCGACCUGGCCAACGCCGUGCAUUGGCUGCCCCCGGGCAUCCUGUGGGCUGGCCGCUUCCCCCCGUGGCUCGUGGGCCUCCUGGGCACCAUCUCCUCCCUGCUCAGCGUCUACCAGGCGACCCGGGCCAGGGAACAAGCCGAUACCACCAGUCCCUGAUGGCGAAUGAGGAGCC